AUGAGCGCAGCUUGUGCUUCCCCCCCGUUUGUGCAAUAUCCCCUCGACACGACCUACAUUAUGCAAACCCACGACUGGCCAUCGCCUGCUGCGUCGACGAGCUCAAAGCCUACCCCCGUGCAUGAGUGCAACACCUACUGGCGUAUGCCCUUUACCGAUAUUCCGGAAGCGCUUUUGGCUGACGAGAGGGGAAUAGGGACAAAUGACUGGAAUACGCUCGGAAAGUAUCCGUUUGCAACAAAGAUUCACCUCGAAGAGAAUUAUCAGUCGACGACUACGACAGUCGUACCCGCGCCGAGUACGUCUACGUAUGGCUUGUACGCGGCCCAGGCCCACCAAGCCAUCGUCGAGAGUAACGCGAGCGAACACCAUCAUACGUCUCCCUUACACGACCACGGACACUCCCACUCGCACUCGCAUGAUGCCGGGUCAUAUUUCGAUUUGGGCCUUGACAGGACGCGUAGUCUUUCGCCUCCGUAUGUACCCGACGUCGAGACCGCAGCGACAAGUCCACAGAGUGCAUUGUACGACCCGCUCCAUGCACACGGGAGCCCAUCGAUAGGCUACAUGACCUCUCCGGGCAUGCAUCCUCUGGUGCCCUAUCAACCGCCCCAACAAGCACUCGAUACUCUCAUACAACCCUUUGAUAUGAUUUCUUCCCCUGCCCCACUCGUGUCUCAAACGGGUGCCGAACCCCUGGUCCAGGUCCAGGAGCAACCAGUGGACCAGCAACAGCUGCCGUCUACCCGCGAACCCAGUGCAAGUGGAGAUGAGGGACUUGAGCUCGUAAAGCUGCCGUCCGGCCAAUGGCAAUGUCCCCACUGUUUCAAGCAAUUCAGACGGCGCGAUCGUGUGAAGGAAGCUGUGGAAAUCUGGGGUGGUACGUCUUACUUUUCUUCGUCCCCUCCCGUUGUUGGAGAUGGUGAUCAUCGGGGCAUGCCCAUCGGGCCGUAUACGCCGCUUCCACUCCGCCGUCAAUUAGGAGCGCCAUAUGUGAUCGAUCCUAUUUCUCUCAAGAGUCGCUUCAAAGCCAUACGCAGCACGCAAUGA